CGAAGCGACAAAACCAAACAACAGAAACCGGCGUUCCGACCACGCGGCGAAGCGAGCCCUCGCCCCCAGACACAAAAAGUUUCCUUUUCCGACCACCAUCCCCUGUUCUUCUCUGCUGCUCUUCCUCUCCUUUUCUUUUCUCUCUCUCUCUCUCUUUCAUAUACAGACACGCAUCUGGGGGUGGAGCGUGAGGGAGGAGAGAGAGGGAGAGAGGGAGAGGCAGUUUUGCUUUAAGGGAGAAGAAUCCAAAAGGAGUUUUCUCUGGCAGUGGGGGGGGUAUCAAAAAGACAGAUUAUAAACUACGAUGCGCUGCAUUAACAUGUGAAGGCCCUUCCAAGUGUCCUUCCUUCUCCCUAUCCAUCCCCCCUCCUCCCCUGCAUUCAAUUCCCUUCCUCUCUUUCCAUCUCCGUCUCCAUCCCCUUUCGCUCUGCUUUCUGACGUGAUAAUAACGGGUAGUUCUUGUUUUUGAGUUGGGGGUGGGAGGGGGGGGGGAGAGAGAGGGAGAGAGAGAGAGAGAGAGAGAGAGAGAGAGAGAGCAUUGAUGGAAUGAUGACAGAGCUUUCCAAAUUCAGUUUCCUGUGGGUGUUUUCCUCGUUGCCGUCGUGAUGAGUAUUGAAGGCCAGUCUAUAUAUAUAGGGGGUGACUCAGGCUCUCAGUCUCCACUUCCCUUUCUCAUUCCCACACAGCGAGAGAAAGAGAGUUCGCAGCCAUCUCCAACCCGAUCUCUUCUUCCCCGUUCUUCUCUUCUUGCUCGUCCUGUUCGUCUUCUCCAACUCCGGAAAACAAUGGAAGGAGCGACAGCGACCGUGGCAGACUUCGAGAUGGCCUCAAGCUCGAGCGCAGGACACUCCAACCUCCAGUCUUUCAUCAACUCCACGACGCCCUCUGUGCCGAGUCACACCCUUCCAAAGCGGUCUUUCGAAGACUGGAACAGCCUUUGGCUCCCGGCAGGAAGGGACACCGUUGAGUGUUUCAACCUGAGAGACCUCUGGGGCCAGUACACCGAGUGGAGUGCCUAUGGUGCCGGUGCUGAGGUCCUCCUCUAUGGUGGAGACAUUGUGGACCAGUACUACGUGCCAUAUCUAUCAGCCAUCCAGAUAUAUACGAACAAAUCCCGUGCUUCCUCUAGGAAUGGCGCGAGCAAUUGCUGGAGUAAUGGGAGUGCAUACAGGAAGCUGGUUGAUCCUAUGGGUUCUGAUGUUCAAGAGGAUGCAGGCUUGGAUCAUGAAGGUAUCCGACGAGCACAAGAGCAGUUCGGGUACCUUUACUUCGAAUUUAUCGAGAACAACACGCCUUUUGGGAGGCCACCCCUCUUGGAAAAGGUCCGGGAAUUAGCUAGCAUCCAUCCGGGCCUGAUGUCGUUCAAGAGCGCGGAGCUGUCGCCGGCUAGCUGGAUGUCGGUUGCCUGGUAUCCUAUUUAUCACAUCCCUGCCAGGCCAAAGGUGAAGGAUCUGUCAGCAUGCUUCCUGACUUACCACAAUCUCACCUCAUCAUGUCAAGAUCAUAUGCAGGGAAGCAUGGCAGAAGGCGUGUCUUACACUAGAGGCGGGAACAGUAGCAGCAGCUCUGAGGGGAAGAGCAACCACAUUGCCCUUUACCCUUUUGGCCUCGCGACUUACAGAGCACGGGGGAAGGUUUGGACAAAUCCUGGAAGUGGAGAUGAUGAAAGAGUUGUCUCCCUCUACAAUGCUGCAGACUCCUGGCUGAGGCAGCUUGAGGUUGUCCACAAUGACUUCAACUUCUUCAGCACUCAUUGAACCCCCAUGCGCAUAUCAGGCACCAUUCUAGUUCUCGAAGAACUUCCUGACUGGCCCUGCCCCAUGACAUCACCGUGAUGGAGAUCGGAUUGAUCAGCGAAUGCGGAUAACUCUGAUUCGGUCGUUUUUGUAGAUGUUAGUGGAGAAGAAGGGUUGGGGAGCCCUUCUCAGUUUUAUUUAGCAACAAAGUGAGUGAUGAAGAGCUGAACAGAAAGAUCUGUUCGAGAGGAGUCAAGAGAUAUAGUUGACAUGGCAACAAAUCUUAUUUCAAAGCGCAUUGGGGAGUCAUCAUCAUCCGACGCGACCAGUCAUAUCGAAGCUCAGGUGCUCGGUGAAUUGAUGGGCCCAGAGCAUUUUAGUCGAGUGAGAGGUUACGGAGUUGGAGUUACCCCCAUUCAGUUGUCUGCAGUAGGCAUGUAUACAAGAAAUGCCAGAGAAGGUAGUAACACUGUAGAAGUUCGUCAUCUUCAGGCAACUAUUGAAGAGCUAAAGCAGAACCAACAAAUUUUGCUGUCUCAACUUGCGAAUAUUUCAUCUUUGUUACAACGAUUUCUCUCUUCUCAGAUUCUUGAUACUUCAACAGCUCAUAGAGGUGAUGAUGAUGGAGCUAGCUCCCGCUCCUGAUACCUUCUAGACUAUUUUUUUAUGGAGUUUAAUAUGUAUAUAUUUUUUAUAUUUUUCAAAGUACAUUAAUUGUAAUUUUAAACUUAUUAUGUAAAUUUAAUCAGAUAUGACAAUAUAAAUAUUUCGAAUGAUUUGAAUGUUUGUGUCAA